AUGGCCAUGAGGAAGGUGGAGGUGAUCUGCCUCGGCCUUCAGUUGGCAAAAAGCCUGAGGCUACGGCUAAAGCUAAGUCUAAACAUCUGGCCGUUGGCGGGAGUCCUUGCCACGCACGUCGCUCCAGAGCCGCCGCACGCAGUUCCAGUGGUCCACGUCGGUCCAGAGAAAGUUCCUCGUCGGAUACAGGCUCUUCAGAGCUAUGGGAACCUGAAGCUGACCCAAACAGCAGUGACUCAUCCCCCGAUUCCCCCAGAGCAACCGGCAGAGCAGGUCCAGGAUGAGGACGAGGAGGACAUCGAGGACGAGGAGGACGAGGAGGACGAGGAGGACAUCGAGGACAUCGAGGACAUUGAGGACAAGGAGGACGAGGAGGACCACAACGAGGAGAACGAGUCGAUCGUUGCAUCAUCUUCGGGCUGGAUUGAGUUGUUGCUGCGCGCUCUGAGGGGUGUUAUGGAGGCUAAGGAUGCUGGUUCACGGAGGGUUCACCCAUUACCCAAGCCCUGCAGCCAGCUGGGGGGCUAA